AUGAAAGAGCACCAUACAUCGUUCUCAGGUUCUUUUGCAACGCUGAAAACGCAGUUCGAACAAACAUCCUCUGCGACGGAAUCAGCUAUUUUAGCCAGGAUCGAUGGUUUGGCUCGACAGAAUUUGGGUUUGAUGAAGGCUUUGGAGCAGCAUUCGGAAUCAAAUCAGACUCGAGCAGCGACACUCGAAAGCGAUGUAAGGAGCAUUCAGUUGAGCCUCAUGCAGAGCCCGAGCUUCUUUAGGAAGACUUGUGACGAAUUCAAAGACCUUGAGCUUGAUGAUGCGGCAAAGAAUAUAGCCCACAGAACAUCCAUGAGUCCCUCAACUAUUCGAAAGACGAGGAUGGGAAAGGUCUGCACUUGCCGAUUUCGGGCCAGCAGCCAACGAUACUCGAGCUCGCAGAACAGUAACUUGAGAGAAUCUUCAUGGACUGUCUCCCUACGCACGGCGAAUGUAUGUCAUCAUCAUGACUGCCCCCAUUCUGCUUGGACAGAAUCAUCCUGGAGCUUGAGCUUUCGUCUAGCCUAUUGCAACAGGCUACUGGCAAGCGCGCUGCAAGCUACCGUAUCCUUCACAAAUGGAGCUGGAGGCAUGUCUUUGAGCCCGACCAUGAGUCUCACAAAUUUAGUAUCCUCUGAUUCUCCUGCGUUUGCCUUGAUUAGAGACCCUAUCCUGAAGGGGAUGCCUGCAAAUGACAUAGAGGCUGCCGUCAAUCAGCGAGUGCAGAGCUUACGGCAGUUGUUCCAAGACCGUAAGGCAUCUCCUUACGAUGUUGAUGUACAUGGAAAUACUUUACUUCAUGUAGCAGCGUAUCAUGCGGGUGAUUACUGGUUUCAUACGAACCUAUGUUCAGAAGAUCAAACGGACCUCACUGUCUGUCUGAUCAGGCAAAUUCUGACACUUGGCGUCCCGUUGAAUGAGGUCAAUGAGCAAGGACAGACCUUUUUGAAUUGCUUCCUUAAUUUUCCGGUCGGCCCUUGGUACGACCAAGGCAUCUGCGAAAGCUUUGCAUCCUCGGUGACGCAGCUCAUAGAUGUGGGUGCUGAGCUUGUAACCAUUAAUCGACCAGGCCAAAUAAUUCGCGCGGAUGCAGUCCUCAGCGUGCCGCCACCUAUAUACCUUCGUCAUACUUUGACUAGUAUCAUUGAUAUCGCAGAAGCGUUAUUAUGCAAUGAUAUUUGUCUGGCGGUAGCAAGAAAGUCUGAAGUCGACCUACAACGAGCACUCGCAGUAUCGCCACGUGCAAUCAACGAGACCAACAACAUGUCACAAACGGCACUUCAUCUUGCUGUGGAGUGGCCCGCUGGGAUGCGUUUACUACUGGAGGCGGGUGCUGAUGUUGACUGCCUUGACUGCGUCAUGUUGUCACCACUAAAUUACGCAAUUAACAGAUCACUGAUUGAGCCUAUACAUGUACUCGGUAAUGCGGAUUGUUCCCUACUCGACUAUUCUCACAGUCCCAUUUUAAAGGACGCAAUACGCAUCGGAGAGAAUUGCCGAGGGAAACAAACGCUGAUUGCAGAGGGGAAGAUGGUAACUGAUCUUGUGGUGGACCUGGUAAUUGAUAGAAGGCAGAGACUGCGCGACUUAGCAACUCGUCUACUUCCAGUUUCAGCUUUAACUCAUUUCUAUCCGCUUGGGGACCAUGAUUUCUUUCUACCUGACGAGAAAGCAUCACGAUUGUUCUCGGCAUUGGUACAUCAUGGCAUUCCAGUUCUCUCGGCUCUAGACCCGGGUAGAGAUCGAACAACAGUCUAUCAUCAAAUAGAGGUUUACCCCCGGAUUGCAGAGAGGCUUUGGAAAGCAGGGUUUCGCGAUAUCGACGGUAGGGAUUGUUUUGGGCUCACACCAUUGAUGUAUAUGCGCAGUGACGCUCACUCUAAACACUCAAUAAAUAUCAGGCUGGAGUGUGUGGCGUGGUUCCUAAACAAAGGUGCCGACUUGUACGCGAAACAGGACCUGGGUUUGUAUUUCGAACGAGAGGAACGAAACAUGCGAUCCGGAUCACGGCAGCUGUUGAGCGCGACCUCUUUGCAAUUUUUGGCGCACGAAUUGGGAUUCGCCUUGGGGGAAAACCUCCUAUACGUCAGCAUGUGGGACAAGCACGACAUGCCGCUGGGAAUGAUACUUUCCGAAAUUUCGCGGCGCGUGUUUGAACAAGUACUCAUGGACAACGUAUCUGACGAUUGCGAAUGUGCAUGUUCAAAUGGUGGAUGCAAAGCAUUGACGCUGAUAACAAAAAGCUACAUAUUGAGUCUGGGGAAGAAUUACAGAUCCCAACAGCUGGCCAACCUUUGGGCCGAUAUAAUGGAUAUCUGCAAUCCGUUGAAAUGUUCCGAAUUUAUGCGUCUCAUAACAUUCGAGGAGCUGGGGCUCACACACACCUGUUGUCACCAUGAGCACCGCAGAGACCGUGAGUGGGAGUUUUCUGUAUUUUCAAGAAUUGGAGACCAGGCUGAGAUCGAUGAGAUUCAGGACGUGGAAGUAGCGGACCUGAGAAAGCUGGAAGAACUCCUGGAAGAAUUCGAAGUGAAGAGGAUCGAAUUCGAUGUCCCGUUUGAAGACUUCCUUCAAGAGUACUGGCACCCUCGAAUGAAGGAAGUACUCGACAAGGGGGACUUGGAUAAGGAGGCUUUGAGAGAGAUUGGGGUCACGGUGUAUGAGUCUGAUUAG